AUGGCCAUCCUUCUCAAGAGUUCCUUGACACGGAAUCUCUUCUUCCUGCUCUCUUACACUGCUGCGAUAGUAGCAGCUUCUCGGGUGCAAUUACCGUACAAGAGCAGCCAACAGAAUGCUCUCUCACACUACCCACAGCCACAGGACUUCCCGAGUGCGAGGCUUUAUCAAGCAUAUUACGUUAUCCAGCGCUUCAAGAAUACCAUUACAUGCGAUCCCUUGAAUAUUACCUCAACUUGGACCGGGCCUGACAUCUGUGGCAACAAAACUUACGUUGGUUUCUACUGCACAACACUGCCGGGGCACGGGCUCACAAUCACAUCUGCUGUUCUCGACAGCUUUGGCUUGUGUGCUCCUAAACUGGAAGGCUUUAUUGAUCAGCUCCCAGAUCUGGCGCUCUUUCAGUCUUCCUCCAACAAAUUUGAUGCCUUCAAUGCGCCCAACUUUGCUGGCCUCAGCUACCUAUACAAUCUUGAUAUCGACGACAGGAACACUUUCCAAUCUUCAGCUAUAGAUUUACCAACGAAAGAUCUGGCGAAUUUCAACCUCUGCGUACUGUAUGGCAUAUUUUGUGGCGGUCUAAAGGUAGGUAAAGUAUCCCUUGUCGCAAGAACCGCUGACAAGGGAGCUAUUCCUAGUGUCACGAAUGCUAGGGCGCUCCUCCUCAAUAAUGACAACAUAUCAGGGCAGCUUCCCGCAGACUUGGGCUUCUCUAAGUUCAGUUACCUCGCGCUCGCAAACAACAAACUCACCGGAUCAAUCCCACCAUCAAUCUCCAACUUGCAAGGCUCUCUCCUCGAGAUGCUCCUCCUGAACAACCAGCUCUCCGGCUGCCUCCCAUACGAGGUCGGCAUGCUCACAAAGGCGAACGUGAUCGACGCCGGCAUGAACCAGCUCACCGGCCCGAUCCCUUCAUCCUUCUCAUGCCUCACCAGCGUCGAGCAGCUCAACCUGGGCAGCAACCGCCUCUAUGGAGAGAUCCCCGAUGCGCUCUGCAAGCUCGCCGCCGGCCCGGCCAGCCGCCUCGCCAACCUCACGCUGUCAAGCAACUACUUAACAUCGGUCGGGCCGUCGUGCUUGCCGCUGAUCAAGGACGGCGUUGUCAACGUUAAGAACAACUGCAUUCCGGGCUUCGCUAACCAGCGGCGAUCGGCGGAGUGCGCAUCGUUCCUGAGCCAGCCGAAGACGUGCCCGGAGGCGAGCGCCAACCACGUGGCGUGCCCCGCCGCAGCUGCCAACAUCGCGGCGGCUCCGGCGGAGAGGGUGGCCAACGAAUACUCCAGCUACGUGACGUACGCCACCCUACACGACUGAGACCGGCGCCACCGCACGGCACGGCAUGCAUGCAUGCAUGCAGCAGGGAACAGCUAGAAGCUAGCGUCUCGUCUCGUUGCGCUUUGCUCUUGUAUUCUUGUGUUCAUUUGGUGUGGUCGUGAUUGUGGUUUGUUUUCUCUUCACGUGUGGCUAGCCAUGCAUGGCUGUCACGUCUAGAUCUCACCUCUCGUCUCUUAUGUACCGGUAUCACGUGAAGAAUGAUUGGUGAUUACUAAUGUUUGGUGUGCCCUGCC